AUGGCACGCAAACGCAAGGUCGAAGAGCUACGGGAAUCCAGCAGCGAUCCUCUGUCGGCUUUACACGCUAAACGCACGACCAGCACAAAGGUCGACUGGUCUACCAUAGACCUGCGCGACGACUUUGAUGGAUUCCAGCUUUCGGCUAUCAGGCGCAAGACCAAGAAAGAAGCCGUCAAGCCAGUCACCGAGAAGCAGAAAACAGCCAUCAAAACCAGUAGAGCGACCGAAAAUUACAAGAACGCAUCCAUGAGUGCCCAAGUGGCGCAGGAGAAUCCCUUCCCAGAAACGGAUCUGGCGGACGUCUACUGCAAGGUCGAGCCAGCGCGCGAGUGGGAGAGCACCCAGCGCUAUCGCAAGUUUACUAUCAGCGGCGAAGAAUUCGAAAUCAACAACUUUGUCUUCAUCAAGAAGGAUGCAGAUCAGUCGGGUACACGAGAAGUCAUCGAACACUGGAUCGCCAAGGUUCUCGAAGUGCGUGCUGGUGAUUCCCUACACGUCUACUUGCGCGUCUACUGGGUAUAUCGGCCAGAAGACCUUCCCGAGGGGCGACAGCGACAUGACGGCGAAUGCGAGCUCAUAGUCAGCAAUCACAUGGACAUUAUCGACGCCCAGUGCGUCCAAGGAGCUGCCGAUGUUAUAUACUGGGAUGACAGCCCCGACAGCUCAAAGUUUCCGGCGCCCGAUCAGCUGUAUUGGCGGCAGGCUCUGGACAUUACCAAACGCAAGGGCUCUCAAUUGACCAAGCUAAACACAUACUGCGUCGACAAGAAGCCUAGCAAUCCUGACGAAUCUCUUGUACAGUGCCCCUCCUGCUCCAUCUAUUUACAUGCGCGCUGUCUUGAGGAGCAUGCCGGGAAAGCUGCCUAUAAACAACAUGCGCCGGCGCAGUCAAAAAAAUCCAAAGACAAGUGGAGAGACUCGUUCGAAGCCACACUCAGCACAUCCGACACCAAAGAACCGCGCCUCACCGUCACCGACAAGCGCAAACGCAAAAACAACACCACCUGGCACGUCGACAUUCACUGCCUCUCCUGCUCCCACCUUAUCGCCUGCGCCCCCACCACCGUCCCCACCCCCUCCACCCCCUCCGCCCAACUCCUCAACGACGACGAAAUCGAAUCCGAAUCCGAAAACCCCUCCAUCACCCAGGAUCCCAGUAGUCCCCCGGCCCCCCUCGACGCAGCCAACCUCGCUAUUGGCGACCUGCCCACCAGCGCCACUGCACCCGCCUCCCCACCUGCCGCCUCUCCGGCAGCACUGCCAAAACGGGGCCGUGGACGGCCGCGGGGAUCGAAGAAGAAGAAGCGGGGACGCCAGCGCAGAAUUAAAAUAGAGGAUCCAACAGGUGGGGUUGGGAGUGUGGCGUCUGCGGCCGACGAUGGUGUGGUUGAUGUCAAGACGGAGGAGGGAGAGCGCAACACGCUGUUGGCGUUUGAGCAGGCGAGCCGACGUGUCACGCCGACUGCACAACUGCCUGUGCCUGGGUCCUUGUUUCGGUCUGGUGUUCGGUCUGUCCAGAGAUUGCUGUGGAUGUCUUGA